CACGAAAUAGGAUGCAGCUUAAUCUCCCCGAUGCUAUCGCGAGGAUAAGGGUGGAACUGGUGCUUUCCGGCAAAUGCUGCAGAGAUUUCACCCCCUCACCCAAAAUGCUGCGGAAUUUCACGGCAGACAAGGUCUAUGUUGCCACAGCCACCACAUCCACACACAGGCGGCGGCGGCAGCAGCGGCGAGGGAUCUACUGCUGAUCCUGCCGACCUGGAUCUGGACCUUUUCCUGUGACCAAAGACACGGGAUGGAGAGUGGGGAUCCAAGCCAGAUCCAGCAGCCAGCCACUUUGAAGCCACUCAGGAAAGGCCUCCCCUGACGGGCAAAGAGAAGGCUGGGGUCCUCUGAAGCCAAGGGAGGACCCCAAGCCAGAUCCUCCAGCCAGCCACUUCGAAGCCACUCGGGAAAAGCGUCUCCUGAUGCGCCAGCCGGGAAGAGAAAGCGGGAGUCUUCAGAAGCCAAAGUGAGUCGUCUUCCAGUGCUGUCAUAGCUUUUCCCCACUGAACUUUCUUUCUCUUUUCUUCUCAGGCAAUAAGAAGAGGAGGAUUUAAUGGAGGUCUGGGGUGGCUACUGAGGGGAGGUGGAGGUCACACACUUCUCACCACUGGAAUCAGAGCAAGCAUCUCACAGAAUCCAUGCAGGCUGCAAAUUUCCUCUCACGGGAGGAGCAAGAAGCCUCCGAACGCAGGAGCCACUUUGGAGCCACACAGGAAAAGCCUCUCCUGACAGGCCAAAAGGAAGCGGGAGUCCUCAGAAGCCAAGGGAAAUCUCAAGUGCAGAUGCUGCAGUCUUUGGAGCCACGCAGGAAAAGCCUCUGCUGCUGGGCAAAGAGAAAGUGAGAGUCUUCAGCAGCCACCGCAAUAAGAAGAGGAGGAUUUAAUGGAGGUCUGGGGUGGCUAUUGAGGGGAGGUAGAGGCCACACACUUCUAAUCUCUGAAACAAGAGCAGAACUUCAGGAACCACGCCAAUCAAGAAACACACACUUGUCCAUGCUGUGUGUCUCCAUGGACAAGGGGUACUACCACCAUGGCGGGCAAGUUGAACUUGCAGACAGAUGCAGAAGGGGGGCUGGCGGCGAUGGAUCGCGACGCUCACCAGAAGCAGCAGCUGCAGCAGGACAAGAGAAAGCCAAGACACACACAGGAGUGCAUGCUGCCUGGGGGAGAAGAAGAAGACAAGUCAGAAGGACCACCUCAUCUUGCUGCUGCCACAUCAAAGGGGAAGAAGAGCUCCCCUUCUCUUGUUGAGUCCAAUCCAGUGUCUCAGAGUCGGAGUGGAAGCACGAGAAAAUUGAGAGAAAGGAGUACUAUCACCACGGCGGGCUAGUUGCGGUCCUGGAAGCGGGGCUGGCGGCAAUGUAUCGCAAUGCUCACCAGAAGCAGUGGCUGGCUACAGCAGGACAAGGUGCGAGCUUCCAACUUGCAAGAUCUUGUUUACAAAAAUGGCCAGGCUGGGAUUACUAAGGCUACUGUAUCAAUCACAUUUGAUAAUUUUGAUAAGAAGCAGAGUCCACUAGGAUUUGAGAAUCAUGAUGAGAUUACAGUCACAAGGCAGGUGGUGAUUGGAGGUAGAAAUAAAUAUCUCAUCAAUGGUGUGAACGCAAACAAUACUAGAGUACAGGAUCUCUUCUGCUCUGUUGGACUGAAUGUCAAUAAUCCACAUUUUCUUAUUAUGCAGGGACGAAUUACCAAAGUUCUCAAUAUGAAGCCUCCAGAGAUUUUGGCUAUGAUUGAAGAAGCAGCUGGCACAAGGAUGUAUGAGUGCAAGAAAAUAGCUGCCCAAAAAACCAUAGAGAAAAAAGAGGCAAAACUUAAAGAAAUCUGCACGAUUCUGGAGGAGGAAAUCACUCCUACCUUGCAAAAGCUGAAAGAGGAACGAUCUUCUUAUUUAGAAUACCAAAAGGUCAUGCGAGAGAUAGAACACUUGAGUCGUCUGUAUGUUGCAUAUCAGUUUUCAUUGGCUGAAGAAUUCAAGGCACAUUCUGCUGAUGUGCUGAAGGAAAUGGAAGGCAAUAUUGCAAAACUUCAAGAAGAAAUCACAGAGAAUGAGAAGAAAGUAAAGGAUCUUGGCAAAGAAGUAGCAGAAAUGGAGAAGAAAAGGGACCAAGAAUUUGGUGGUGUGCUUCAUUCAUUAGAAGAAGCUCUUGCAGAGGUUCAGAGAACUGAUACCAAAGUGCAAAGUACCCUUGACAUUAAAAAGCAAAACUUGAAGAGUGAAGAAAAAAAGCACGAGGACCUGGUUAAAAGCAUGGAAGAGGAUUCUAAAGCUUUAGUGGCCAAGGAAAAAGAAGUAAAGAAGAUAACUGAUGUGUUGAGUGCUCUUCAGGAGGCAAAUAAGAAAGAUACAGAGGCUUUAGCUGCUGCACAGCAACACUUCAAUGCUGUCUCUGCUGGUCUGUCUAGCAGUGAAGAUGGGGAAGAUGCCACUCUUGCUGAACAGAUGAUGGCUUGCAAGAAUGAUAUAAGCAAAGCAGAAACAGAAGCAAAACAAGCUCAGAUGAAGUUGAAACAUGCUCAUCAAGAGCUAAAAACCAAACAAGCUGAAGUGAAAAAGAUGGAUAAUGGCUACAAGAAAGAUCAAGAUGCAUUUGAAGUGGUCAAAAAGCAAAAGGAGAAAUUAGAAAAUGAAAUGAAGAAGCUCAACUAUGAAGACAAGAAAGAAGAGAACCUUUUGGAAAAACAAAGGGAGUUGUCCCGUGUGGUUAACCGCUUGAGGGAAUCCUAUGAAACGUUAAUGGCCAAGUUUCCCAGUCUACGUUUUGAAUACAAGGAUCCAGAACAAAAUUGGGACCCAAGUCAUGUGAAGGGGCUUGUUGCAUCUCUGAUUACUGUGAAAGAUGUCUCCACAGCCACAGCACUAGAAGUGGUUGCUGGCGGUCGACUCUACAACAUUGUGGUGGAUACAGAGGUUACUGGCAAAAAGUUACUGGAAAAAGGUGAUCUAAAGCGUCGAUACACCAUUAUUCCACUGAACAAAAUUUCAGCAUUCCGUGUUGGGAAAGAAGCUAUCAAAGUUGCCAAAACCUUGGUUGGUGACGACAAUGUCCAUCUGGCCCUUACUCUGGUGGGAUAUGAAUCUGAAAUUCAGAAGGCGAUGGAAUUUGUCUUUGGGGGCACGCUGGUUUGUGAUAACAUGGAUAAUGCCAAGAAAGUCACCUUCGAUAAAAGAAUAAUGACAAAAACGGUCACUCUUGGUGGAGACACCUUUGAUCCACAGGGCACUCUGAGUGGAGGUGCACGCUCACAGUCUGCAUCAAUUUUAUCCAAGCUUCAAGAAGUGAAAGAUCUGCAGGAGGAAUUAAAAGCAAAAGAAGCAGAGCUGCAAAAGCUAGGAAAGGAACUGUCCAGUCUAAAGGGGACUGCAGAAAAAUUCCGUCAGCUGAAGCAGCAAUGGGAGAUGAAAUCUGAAGAAGCUGAACUGUUGCAAACCAAGUUGCAGCAAAGUUCCUAUCACAAACAGCAGGAAGAAUUGGAUACACUGAAGAGAACCAUUGAGGAAAGCGAGGAGACUUUAAAGAAAACCAAAGAGGUACAAAAGAAAGCAGAGGAAAAACUCAAAGUGCUGGAAAACAAAAUGAAGAAUGCUGACGCUGAGAGGGAGAAAGAGUUAAAAAGUGCCCAGCAGAAGCUAGAUGCCGCCAAGAAAAAGGCUGAUGUUUCUAGCAAGAAAAUGAAAGAAAAGGAGCAGGAGGUUGAAGCAUUAAUGUUGGAACUUGAAGAGCUAAAACGGGAACAAGCCUCUUAUAAACAACAGGUUGAGGCUGUGAAUGAAGCUGUUAAAUCAUUCCAGCAGCAGAUUGAGGAUAUAUCAGUUGAAGUCGCGAAGAACAAGGAAUCUGUGAAGAACGCUCAAGAGGAGCUGGCUAAACAGAAGGCCGUGGUGAUGGCCCAGGAUAAGGCGAUUAAAGCCAAAUCUGCAGAGGCUGCUGAAUAUAAAGAACACAAUAAUGAGUCACAACUUAAGAUUAAAGAGCUUGAACACACCAUCAGUAAACACAAGCGGGAGGCUUCUGAUGCUUCUGCAAAGGUGGCUAAAAUGCUGAACGACUACGAAUGGAUAGCUUCAGAGAAGCACCUUUUUGGUCAGCCAAACACAGCUUACGAUUUCAAAAGUAACAACCCCAAAGAAGCUGGCCAGAGACUACAGAAACUGCAGGAAAAGAAAGAGAAAUUGGGCAGGAACGUCAAUAUGAGAGCUAUGAAUAUGCUUUCAGAAGCGGAAGAAAGAUACAAUGAUCUGAUGAAGAAGAAAAGGAUUGUUGAGAAUGACAAGUCUAAAAUUCUUGCAACAAUUGUGGAACUUGACCAAAAGAAAAAUGAAGCAUUAAAUAUUGCUUGGCAAAAGGUAAACAAAGACUUUGGAUCCAUUUUCUCAACACUUCUGCCAGGAGCCAAUGCUAUGUUGUCUCCUCCCGAAGGGCAAAAUGUCCUGAAUGGUUUGGAAUUCAAAGUUGCCUUGGGAAACACCUGGAAAGAAAACUUAACUGAAUUAAGCGGGGGCCAAAGGUCUCUAGUGGCAUUGUCACUUAUCUUAGCCAUGCUUCUCUUCAAACCUGCUCCAAUUUAUAUCCUUGAUGAGGUGGACGCAGCACUUGAUCUCUCACAUACCCAGAAUAUUGGACAGAUGCUUCGUACCCAUUUCAGGCAUUCCCAGUUCAUUGUGGUCUCAUUGAAGGAUGGCAUGUUCAACAAUGCAAAUGUGCUCUACAAGACUAAGUUUGUGGACGGUGUUUCUACUGUGGCACGAUAUGCUCAGGUUCAGAAUGGAAGCAGUGGGCCUGGACAACAAAGAUCUGAUAAGACCAAAUCAAAGGAAAAGAGAUAAAAAGCACAGAUGGAUGUCUGAAGAAUAAGAUUUAUGACUGCAUUGCAAUAGCCUAUGUGACAUUUUACUUUUUAAAACCUCACCCAUUAUGAAAUACAAACACCUUAGAUUUAGUAAUGGUGAUAUUCCAUAUUUAUCUUCUCUCCCCCCCCCCAGACUUGUACAUAUUUCUUUAUGCUUUCCCUCUCUAAGAGGCUUGUGUAGGCCUUUUUUUAAUGAGCAAAUAACUAGUUUGCACUGGACUUUCUCUGAACUGAAAUCCAGAGAAAGUUCUGAGUUCACUUUCUAAUUUUAUUUCACUUUCUCUGAACUGAAAUUAAGUAUGCCUGCUUCUUUUUGAAGACCAGGGUCAGACAAGCUAUUUAAUAGCAUUUUACUUUUGUUGUAUCUAAUUAUGACUUUCAAAGAUGUAUAAAAUGCAUCUAGUGUUGAGAUUGGAAACAGGAAUGACAGAAUUUUGCAGUAGAAUACAGGAGAAGACAUACUGAAAUUCUAUAAGCCUGACCACUAAAAGACAUCUGAAAGGGAAGGUGAUAUUGAGCACAAACGUAUCAGAUAUAAGAUGUUGUGUAACACACUUUGCUUUUACAGGAAAUUUGAUUCUUCACACGUACCUUCUAUUCUGUUUAGUUAUGUAUCAUUGUCAUUAAACAUUUUAUUAAUA